CUGUGUGGCGUUGUGGCAAACAACAGCCGUCGCUGUCGCAGUUGGAAAAAGACACCAACCACAACGCACGUGUAACGCGCACCAAGUGAGACGAAUUGCCGUACGAAAAAUAUACAUAUAUGUACAUGCAUAUGGCUGUGCACACUUAGCAGUACGCAGCAACAAAAAAGUGGCAAUUAUAGUGAUUUUUUUUCUUUGUGGCCGCUAAAGACAAGUGAAUUAGUAAUUAAAGCGGAGCAAGCAAUAAAAGACGUAUUUUCUGUGAAAAAACAAAGAAACUGUUGUGAAAGUGACUGUUUCAGUAAAAACUGUUUUAUGAGCAACCAGUUCACCAGUGCAAUUUAAGAAGAAAAAACGCUUAAGUAAAUAUGACCAGAAAAAACUGAAGUGAAUUUUAAAUAUCAAAACAUAACUGCGGUGGUACACUGUAACAAAAUAGUAAACAAACAAAUAGUGCUUAAAAAUCCACUAAGCAACAACACGCUUAAAUAGUUACACGCGCAACAAAUUUGCCGUCGGCAAAAAUGCAAGCAACGAAAAUGCGCACGCCCUUCGCCAUACAGGAGAUACUCGGCUUGGGUGUAGGCUCGGCGGCUGCGGCUGCUGCCGCCAACUAUCAGCAGGCGCAGCAGCUCAGUCAGCAGCAGCAGCAACAACAACAGCAGCAACAGCAGCAGCGGCAUAGCGGCACUACAACAAAUUGCACACCACCACCACCCGCCGCUACACCCACCACCACUGAAUGCAAUAAUGCGCCACUCUCACCUGCCUCUUCGCACGGUCGCCCGACACGCGAUUCCCGUUCCAUAUCGCCCGAUGUGACGCGUCUAUCUGCGGCGGCUGCUGCGGCGGCCGCUACCGCGCACUGUCAACUGCCUAUUUUCAAUCCAGCGAACUUUUAUGCAGCAGCCGGUUAUGCCGACCAUGCGGGGCAACUGAAUGCGGCACAUCAUCAUCACAUGACGACGUUGGCAGCAGCGGCGUACUUGCGUGGCUUUUUGCCGCCGGGCUUCAGCACGCCGCAUGAGUUUCGCGGACACUUUCAGCAGCAUUUUGGCAGUCAAUUUGCGGAACAAGCCGCACGUGGUGCCCAAGACUACACAAAUAGCCUAAACAAUAAUAAUAACAACAACGAUGAUGCACACUCGCCCAACAAAGCGCACUCAAGUAACGGCUCUAACGGCACCAGCAUCUCACAUAUGUCCGCAACGAAUGGUAGCAGCCUGACGUGCAGCGGCAGCGCCACAACCGCCAACAACAAUGGCGCUACGAAUAACAACGGCGGCAACAACAAUAACAACACGUCACCAGCAACACGGCCCACACUUUCACCCGCCGAACAUGCGGCUGCCGCUUUGGCGCAUCAUGCUGCCGCAGCUGCUGCAGCACACCAUGCGCACUCACAUCAUCAACAUAGCCACCAUCAUGCGCAUCAUGCACACACGCACCCACUUCAUGGACAUCAUCCGCAUCAUGCACACCACCAUCCACAUGCGCAUCAUCCACACGCCCAUCAUCCGCAUGCCGGCGCCACACAUGAGGCAUUCCUUAAUGGCGCUGCGGCGGCGGCGGCGGCAGCAGCUGCCAUCGGUAGUGGCAUGGCCGGUGCCGGAAGUGUUGUGGGCGCACCUAAUGGCCUGCUCGGACACGGCGGUGAUCCUAGCGCGCUGCUGGGCGGUGCCGGCCCCGGUGGUGCAGGCGGUUUAAGCAGUAAAAAGAAGAAUAAACGACGACAUGGCCGUACAAUAUUUACGAGCAAUCAAUUGGAGGAGCUGGAGAAGGCAUUCAAGGAGGCGCACUAUCCGGAUGUUAGCGCACGUGAGCUACUCUCGAUGAAGACGGGUUUGGCUGAGGAUCGCAUACAGGUUUGGUUCCAGAAUCGCCGCGCCAAAUGGCGAAAAACGGAGAAAUGCUGGGGUCAUAGCACCAAAAUGGCCGAAUAUGGUCUUUAUGGCGCCAUGGUGCGACACUCGUUGCCGCUACCCGAAACUAUACUGAAAUCUGCAAAAGAUGACGAAUCAGUGGCCCCUUGGCUACUCGGCAUGCAUAAGAAAUCACUCGAAGCCGCCGAUAUACUGAAAUCGGAUGAAAGUGAUCGCGAAACACCGACCUCAGACGACACGAAUACUUCCUACUCCGCUGGCAGUACACACAACUCGCCGAUCUCUUCAUUUUCCAUAUCACGUUUGCUCUUCGACGCACCAUCCAAGCACAAGCGACAUCAUGACGUGGGGAGCAGCGGUGUUAUGGGUGGCGGUAUAGAUCUAGCUAAUGGCGCUAUGAGUGGUCUAGCUGAGCAAGCACAUGCACAGGCGCACGCACAUGUUAUGCAACAUCAUCCCUACAAUCAACAACAACACUUGCAACAUGUACAACAUCUGCAACAAUUGCAUCAACAACAAUUGGCCGAACAGCAUGCCGAAGCACAACGUCGUCAACAAGCAGCACAUCAACAUCAACAACAAUUGUUGGCGGCGGAAGCGGAAAUGCAGCGCAGACGACAGGAGGCGCAUGAACAGCGUGUACGCGAACGUGAAGCCGAGGCGGAUGAGGAACCGAUGUGUGAUGAUGAUGACGAUGAAUGUGAUAGGGAAGAAAUUGACAUCUGUGACGAUGUGGACGAUGAUAAGGAUAUUAAAAUGUUGUUGAGCGCUGAGAGCGCUGCAAAGCGGAUCAAGCAGGAGAGCAGCGCGUCAAUGGCGUUGGAGAGCAGAUGAAAUAUGUGUAUUGAUGUGUUGUUGUAAGAGGGGGGUUUGUAGUGCGGAAAGCGAAAUAAUGUUGUAACUCAAGCGUAACGCUAUCAAAAUACUGGAGGAAACGUAAAAUUUUGAAAUAAAUUGGCUUACAUGAGCAUAUUUGUAUUAAACUCACGCUUGUUUCAUGAUUUUUAACGCACUUAUGUACAUUGAAGAAAUGAAAAAAGAAAUUCAAGUGAAAAAAGCACAAUAGCGCACUCGGUUAAAAAUUCUAUUUCUUAUAAAUAAGCUGUUAAGAAUAUAAAAUGGUUUAUGAAAAUUACGCUCUUUAAG